CCCCCGCUUCUCCCCCUCCCGGCGGCCGCCGUCAUGUCUCGGGGUCCGGAGGAGGUGAACAAGCUGACCGAGAGCACCUACAAGAAUGUUAUGGAGCAAUUCAAUCCGGGGCUGAGGAAUUUAAUAAACCUGGGGAAAAACUAUGAAAAAGCUGUUAAUGGUAUGGUCCUUGCUGGAAGAGCUUACUAUGAUGGUAUUGCAAAAAUAGGUGAUAUUGCUGUUGCAUCACCUGUGUCUAAAGAAUUGGGGCACGUUCUCAUAGAAAUUUCUAUUGCCCAAAAGAAACUCAAUGACAGCCUAGAAGAAAACUUCAAGAAAUUCCAUAAAGAAAUUAUAUCUGAGCUGGAGAAGAAAACAGAACUAGAUGUAAAAUAUAUGAAUGCUACUCUGAAGAGGUAUCAGAACGAACAUCGAAGCAAAUUAGAUUCUUUGGAAAAGUCUCAGGCUGAGCUGAAAAAAAUCAGAAGGAAAAGUCAAGGAGGACGGAAUACAGUGAAAUAUGAACAUAAAGAAAGUGAGUAUUUGGAAACCAUAAGCUCCCGACAGAAUGAUAUCCAAAGGUUUAUUGCAGAGGGUUGCAGAGAGGCUCUACUAGAAGAGAAGAAAAGAUUUUGCUUCCUGGUGGACAAACAUUGCAGUUUUGCUCAACGUCUGUCCCAUUACCAUGUGGAGUGCUCAGAGAUACUUAACUGCAAGUUACCAGGGUGGCUGGAAACAUGCAGCGAUGCUACCAGAGUUCCAGAGAAAGUCAUGAAUAUGAUAGAAGAGAUCAAGACGCCAGGAUCAUCUUGGAUAUCAGGGACUCCCUUGCCUUCCCCAAUGUUAGAAAGAAACAGCCUGGUUGGGAAUAAUUAUGAUUCACUUCAAAGGCAUUCUCCUAAGGUGCCCCCAGCACCCAUAGGGAGAGCUUAUACCAGUCCUUUAGUUGAUAUGUUCAACAAUCCAACAGCGGCACCAAAGUCAUCUUCAGAGAAAUUAAACAAUUCAAUAGAUCAUGCAGAUGAUUCCAGUUUAUUGCGAUCUACCUCUGUGGCCACCGGACUGAAUAUAAUAAAACGGCAGAAGGUUAAGACCAUCUUUCCCCACACGGCUGGAAGUAACGAGACUCUACUUAGUUUUGCCCAGGGCGAUAUUAUCACGCUGCUCAUAUCUGAGGAAAGGGAUGGAUGGCUGUAUGGAGAACAUGAUUUAACCAAAGUGAAAGGCUGGUUCCCAUCCUCUUACACAAAGCCCUUUGAAGGUCCAUCAGAAGAGGCAAUGCGUAUUCCAGCGCCAAGCCCUGCACCUGUCCGAAGCGUCAGCUCAGUAAACCUAACGGACAGAGAAAAUCCCAUCCUUCCUCCACCAGAUUAUUUAGUAUCUGGGCAACCAAAAACAGCUUCAGAAGCAAAACUUGAAACUUCCAAAACUACAGCAACUAAAGGAGAAAGCGUAACUCUUAAACCUAACAUGAAUGGCAUCGUGAAGCCACCUUUCCUAAGUGGAGAAAAUCCAUUUGCAACCGUGAAACUCCGACCGACGGUCACAAACGACAGAUCAGCACCAAUACUUCGAUGAGCAGCAUUGACCCCCCCUUUUUUUUAAUCCUACCUUGUUAACAUUGCACAGCCUCCCCCAGCCUGCUGUCCUCCAGAUGUUGCGUCGGGACAGUUCGGAGCUCGGCAACUAGAGGGCCCCUGGUUGGAGACGGCGACACGGUCUUCAGCAAUAUGGUUUUCAAAUACUGUCUGACGUUGUUUUUAACCUUUAUUUAAAUGUAAUUAAUGUGUACAGUAGCAGAAAGUUGCAAAAGUUUCUGACUUUUUUUAAAAGAGCUUUUUUGCCUCUUGCUUCUGCUAAUUAUUAAUGGCUUAAGAUGCCUCCAGAUUUGAUUUUAGUGUGCCUUGUUUAGGAAGACAGAAAUAGGAGAAUAGGGAAGCCAGCAGAACUGAUCCUUUAGUCCUCUAUUACCAGCAUAACUGUUUAUUCUUCUGUGCCAAUGGUGUGGUUAAUCCCAUGGAUAAGUUCCGUUUAGUUUUGCUUGUACAACUUACUUAGAGAGAUGGGUAUGAGUAACUGCUUUUUAAAUAAGCGAGCUGUUUAAGGAUGACCUAGCGUACAAUAGAAUAUUAUGCCAAUUAAUAUUUUCACUAUAUAAGCUAAGAUAAAAUGUCCUAGGGGUACAAUAAUAAUAAAUACUCUGAUCAGAAAA